AUGAGCAACCCAGAACAUGAAACCCCCGACGGCCUGGUCGAGAAACAACAGUCCAUUAGCAAACAGCCCCCCGACAGGCAGUAUGUCGCUGACUUCUUCACGGCCGACGCGGACAUCGAGCCGGCCCAGGGCGACCAUGACCUCCGCCGCGCCCUCAAGGCCCGUCAUAUCACCAUGAUCGCCAUUGGGGGUGCAAUUGGGACGGGUCUCAUUAUUGGAACGGGGUCCGCUCUGGCAAAGGCCGGUCCUGCCUCUAUCCUUAUAUCCUACUCUGUGGUCGGCCUUGUCGUCUAUCUGGUCAUGUGUGGUCUUGGGGAAAUGGCUGCAUGGCUGCCCCUGGCUUCGGGCUUUACGGGAUACGCUGUGCGGUUCUGUGAUCCGGCACUUGGGUUUGCUCUGGGCUGGACGUAUUGGUUCAAAUACAUUAUCGUUACCCCCAACCAGCUCACUGCCGGCGCCCUCGUCAUCUCCUACUGGGUCAAUCCGGAUCGAGUCAACCCGGGCGUCUGGAUCACGAUCUUCCUAAUUCUCAUCGUCUCGAUCAACUACUUUGGGGUUCGCUUCUUUGGCGAGUUUGAGUUCUGGCUUUCUUCCUUCAAGGUCAUCGUCAUUCUGGGCAUAAUCCUCCUCUCAUUCAUCCUCAUGCUCGGCGGCGGGCCCGACCACGACCGCAAGGGCUUUCGUUACUGGAAGAAGCCCGGGGCCUUCAACACCUACAUCGACGACGGCGCCGCUGGCCGCUUCUACGCCCUCUGGGCCACCAUGGUCUCCGCCACCUUCGCCUACCUGGGCACCGAGCUCGUCGGCGUCACCGUCGGCGAGGCCGAAGCCCCCCGCAAGACCAUCCCCCGCGCCAUCAAGCUCACCUUCUUCCGCAUCGUCGUCUUCUACAUCCUCUCCGUCCUUCUCGUCGGCACCCUCGUCCCCUACAACAGCCCCGACCUCAUUUUUGCCACCAAACAGUCCAGCUCCGCGGCUGCCUCCCCCUUCGUCGUGGCCAUCCAGCUCGCCCACAUCCCCGUCCUCCCCCACAUCCUCAACGCCUGUAUCCUCCUCUUCGUCUUCUCCGCCGCCAACUCAGACCUUUACAUCGCCACUCGCACUAUCUACGGUCUCUCCCGCGAACGCAAAGCCCCCGCCUUCCUUUCCAAAACAGACGGCCGCGGCGUCCCCAUCUACGCUCUCUUCCUGUGCUCCGCCAUCGCGUGCAUCGCCUACAUGAACGUCUCCACCGACUCCAAAACCGUCUUCCACUACUUCGUCGACCUCGUCACCAUCUUUGGCCUCCUGACCUGGAUCUCCCUCCUAGUAACCCACAUCUACUUCGUCCGCGCCCGCAAAGCCCAAAACGUCCCCCUCUCCGACCUCGCCUACAGCGCCCCCCUCGGCGCCCCGGGAUCCUAUAUCGCCCUCGUCUUCUGCAUCAUCAUUUGCCUCACCAAGAGCUAUGACUGCUUCACCCACAACGAGAAAUGGGGCGACUUUGACUACAAAACCUUCAUCGUCGCUUAUCUUGGUAUCCCCCUCUAUCUACUUCUUAUCUUUGGGUAUAAGGUCUUCACCAGGUGUAAGGGCGUGGUUCCCACUGAGGCCGAUUUGUGGUCUGGUAAGGAUCAGGUCGAUCGUGAGGAGGAGGCGUAUUAUCGGAGACAGGCCAUGAAGGAGGAGAGGCAUGCUGGGGCGGGGUGGUUUUAUCGGAAUUUUGUGGCAUGGUUGUUUUGAUCUAGUAGUAGUUGUUUUUUUUUUAAUUUGUG